UUUCGAUAGUGUUCGUAAGGUAUCGACAACUUCCGGUUUCUAUAAGAGAUAAAAAGAGAAGGAAAAUAAGAGAUGGCUCACUACAAGGGAGCAGCAUCAGAGGGCGGGCGUGCCCAGAUCUUGAUGAAGAAGCGUCAGAAAGAACAAGAGGAAAUGGAAAUAAAGAGAAAGAAAAUAGAGGAGGACCUUAGUGUGGGCAGUAUACAAAAUAAAUUUGCCAGUCACUACGAUGCUGUAGAACAACAGCUUAAAUCUAACACUAUAGGUUUGGUUACGCUGAAUGAGAUGAGGGCAAAGCAAGAGACAUUGAUAAAGCAACGAGAGAAACAGCUUGCCAAGAAAGAUGCAGAGGCAAGGCUUAUAGAGAAAGAAAAAGAAGACAAAAAACGGAAAGAGAAAAUGAAGAUUGCAGCCUUAUCAUUUGAUCCUGACGAAGACGAGGAUGAAGAUGAUGAUGAUGAGGAGGAGGAAAAAGUACCAGUGAAAAAGGAACCAGAGUUCACAGAAAGAAAAAUUAGAAAGAAACGUCUUGGAAUGAAUCCAGAUGUGGACACCAGUUUCCUGCCAGACAGAGAUAGGGAAGAAGCAGAAAAUAAACUCCGAGAACAGAUUGCCCAAGAAUGGAUGCAGAAGCAGGAACAUGUGAAAAAUGAAGAGAUAGACAUUACAUAUAGUUACUGGGAUGGUUCAGGCCAUAGGCGACAAGUACGCAUGAAGAAAGGAAACAGCAUUCAACAGUUUUUACAGAAAUGUCUGGAGACACUUCGGCGAGAAUUCAAUGACUUAAAAGCAGUGACUGUUGAUCAGCUAAUGUAUGUGAAAGAAGACUUGAUAAUUCCUCACCAUUAUACGUUUUACGAUUUUAUAGUGACAAAGGCACGCGGUAAAAGUGGACCUCUUUUUAACUUUAAUGUGAAAGACGAUAUUCGGUUAAUUAACGAUGCCUCGGUAGAAAAGGAGGAGUCUCAUGCGGGUAAAGUUUGCAUCCGGAGCUGGUAUGAGAGGAGUAAGCACAUAUUUCCGGCUAGUCGGUGGGAGCCGUAUGAUCCGGAGAAAAAAUGGGACUCGUAUUCUGUGUCUGAUAAAAAUGCUGCCAAAAUUACUGUGAAAUAAAGAAAUGGUAUGUUACAUGCUUGCAGGAACAUUUGAAAUAUGUUGUCUGAAUGUUCAGUUGAUACCUGAAAUAAAAUGUCAUCUUGAA